GGAGGCGGAGAUAGCAGCGGAGCAGGAACGGCGCUGGAAGGAGUGGGAGCGGGACAGGUCCGACGGGACGGGGGGAGCCCGGCUGUGCCCCCCCAGCAGGUACCGCGCGGGGAGCGCGGGGCCUGCCCGGGACGGGGUUCUGGGGCCGCGCGUGGGUUCGGGACGGCAGCCGCCUUCCCGUCCCCUCUGGAGCCAGACCGGCCACGCAGUCCCGCACCCAGCGCCGGCCGUGACCCGGGCGGCACCCCCCACCCAGGGAUAACUUUCCCCGUCACCCGUCGGUACAGGGGUCACUACUUCCCCCGUCACCCCAGGCCCCGCUGCCCAGGGGUUCGCAGCCAGCACGAUACCAUGGGACAGGCAAACGGGUCAUGCGACCGGGAAUAGACCAUCCGCACAAACUGCCUCCUCUCCCCGAGCUGUCGGACUUAUCCCUCAUGCCGGGGAAACUGAGACGCAGCAGGCGGGAGGUGCUGGGGGAGAAGCAGUGGCAGAGCCUGGAGGAGAGGGGAAGUGCCCAUCUGGGGCAGCCCAAGCUCACCAGAUCCAGGACCUAUGAGUCCUCUUGCAAGGAGACAGAGCAGGCAGCCACGGGCAGGCAGGGACCCCCAUCCCCCUCGCUGAGCAAGCAGGACAGCAGCUACCGCCGAGCCUUCGGGGAGCUCGCCGAGCAGGACGUGCUGCUGGGCUGCUUCUCGUGUGCCUGGCAGAGAGAGGUGCCCUACCACGGUCGCCUCUACGUGUCCUCCCGCCACAUCUGCUUCCACUCCAAUAUCCUGCUCAAGGACAUCAAGGCCGUGGUCCCUGUUGCUUCCGUCUCGGCCAUCAAAAAGACCAACACGGCGUUGCUGGUGCCUAACGCAGUCAGCAUCCGCACGGCAAAGGGGGAGAAGUUCCUCUUUGUGUCACUGCGCCAGCGAGAGGCCACGUACCAGCUCCUGAGGUCAGUCUGCAAACACCUGCAGGACAGCGGCCAGAGCCCUCGAAACUCAGUGAACAAUGAGGAAACCCUUAGGAAGUCUCAGAUCUCGAGCCUUUCAGACCCGGAGCAGAGCACCCUGGAGCCAAACAGCCUCCACGAAUCCCUGGAUGAGCCAAACCCAACAUCAAGGCAAGCAGAGGACGAGGAUGACGGGGUGGCCCUACUAGUUCCCAGCAGCAGCGAAUGGGUGCCCUCAGCAGAGACCUGUGGCAUCUGGGGGGGACCCCACACCGUGCUCCAGGCCUGGGCUACUGCACUUUGGUCCCGGAUAAAGCCCCAGCUGAGCCCUCUCAACAUCAUCAUCAUCAUCUACCUGCUGCUCAUGGUGGCCUUGCUGCUGUCCUCGGGGUACAUCGGUCUGCGCAUUGCGGAGCUGGAGCAGCAGCUGGCGUUCGUGGGGGCUUGGCCAGAUCUCAACCUGUCACAGCAGUACAAGACAACGUGAAGCCACCAAGGACCAUCACCAGAGCUCCAGUUGGGGGGUCAGGGCCUCUCUGAGUCCUUCCUUGGCCUCUCAGGGGUGGCUCUGUCACCAAGUGCCUUCCAGCCCAUCACAAUGCUUGAGAAGCCCACAUGGGCUGUGAGGCUCCAUCUCUCUCCCUGCUGUCUGCACACCCUGAGCAGCAGCAGAAGAGACCCAGGGAGCUCCCUGUGGGACAGAGCGGGGAAGGGGGUCUGGAGUCAGCACCAACCCCCACCCAGACCUGGCAGGCAAAGGGGGCCAAGCCCCAGGCAAGGCAGGGGCACAAAGAACGG